AUGUCAAAGGUGAAAUGCACAAAUCUGAAGGAGGACACAUCAUAUGUGAUAAUAGAGAUUGAAGGCUUGGCUGUUUGUGAUAAUAACGGUAAGCGCACAGAAGAUGGACAUGCAGCAGAGAAAAUAACCAAGCAUGUAUGCAAAGCUUUAAAUCCAGAAUACCAGAAAGACAAAUAUAGAUGCAUUAUCCAGCUGGCCAGGAUUAACAAUAAAGAGUUGGCCAUUACUGAAGCUUUCAUUGAAAAUCAUCUGGAAUCUAAGGAAUUAUACACACAACUGAAAAGAAGUGGGGCUGAUUUAUCUUUGUUUAAAUAUCAUGGUGCAGACCCAGAGGAUGAAGAUGUGGUGAGCAUUCCCCUUAUAAGUGCCAUUGUCAGUUUGGCUGUGCUUUUGUUGAUCAUUGCAGCUGCUUAUGGAUGUUGGCACCAGAGAAAGGCUCGAAAGAGAGAACAGCGACUCACUGAAGAGCUCCAGACCAUGGAAAAUGGUUACCAUGAUAACCCAACCCUGGAAGUCAUGGAGACCUCUCCAGAGAUGCAAGAAAAAAAGGGUGGGCCUAAUGGAGAACUUGGGGACAGUUGGAUUGUUCCGCUUGACAACCUAACAAGAGAAGACCUAGAAGAAGAAGAGGACACACAUUUAUAAAGAAAAUAAAAGCAAUUAGACUCAAUGGGAAACCCAGCAUAAAGUGCAUUAUAUGGAUGGUCAUAAAACUAAGAUGGACUGCAGCCAACAUAUAUAAUGGAGUGCCAGACCUAUCAAGAAAAGGCAGUUACUACCUCCAGCAACAUCCCAUACACAAACAUAUGACCAAAGGUAUCUUAAGAAGUGACCACAGGAAAUAAGGUAUAAAGGAUAUAUAGUACAAAUGUAACUGCUUGGAAGUGUUUGGCCUU